ACCAUUUUCAUUUUACAUUGUUUCGUCUAACAUAUAAUUUAUUUAUGUUACUUAAGAGUCGAAGUAACAAUACUUAAGGAACUUCAUAGUACUAAAUUAACAACCUCGCAAUACCUAUAAAGACAUAGAGAAGAACUCGGGUACCUGCCAACAGCGAUAUACUCAAAAUGAUGAAUUUUAUGCGAGGAUCCAUGUUACGCCAAGUAAAAACUGGCUCUCUUCAAUUCUCUCGACUCGGAGUCCGUAAUGCAGCCACCGCUGCAGCCUCAGCUCGCCCUCCUAUUCAAUUGCAUGGCCUUGAUGGUGUCUAUGCUUCUUCCCUUUACACUGCUGCUGUAAAAGAGUCUAAGUUGGACCGUGUCGAAAAAGCUUUGACUACUUUGGGAGCUACCUUAAAGGAACGUCCUGAGCUUUCCCAGUUUAUUUCUAAUCCCUCCAUUAACUAUGAGGAUAAGAAGUUGAUUGUCUCUUCCUUGAGCAAGAUGACUGGUGGUGAUGCCUUAUUGGGUAAUUUCUUCAACCUUUUGUCCGUAAACAAUCGUUUGGCGUUGCUUUCCCGCAUCCAAAAUCAAUUUGAAAAGAUUAUGCGUGCUCAACGUGGUGAAGUAGAAGUCACCAUUACUUCCGCUGCUCCUUUGGACUCUAAGACUUUGUCCCGUUUGGAAUCUAAGAUUGCAAAGUCCAAGUACGGCAAAGGUAAACUCUUGGUACAAAACAAGGUUUCUCCUUCAAUCCUUGGUGGUCUUAUUUUGGAAAUCGGAGACAACAUCCUUGACGUGAGUGUUUCUUCUCGUGUCAACCAUUUGAACCAACUGAUGACAGAUGCUAUUUAAAUGUUUUUCCAAACCUUCUUUUGAGCAUGUUUUCUUGUCGUGCUUGCUGGACAUUUGUCAAUGCAGAAUUUCAUACGCUCCUCUCCUCACUCUGACAGGUCUGAAAUUUCUUUUACUAUCUUCUUUUUCUAUUCUUGCAAUGUUCACUUAUAGUCGUUAUUCGUUCUGUGAAGUGGCAUACUUGAGUUUACUGAAUUAUUAACUUCCGUUUGUUCCGAAUAUAUGCCGUUCAAGUAACACUAUAGAAUGCUAAACAUAGUUUUUAGUAGUUGUUAUUUGAUCUUCUGAUGAAUACGAUUUCCUCUUUUGGAACAGACUAGUUAAAAGCUUUAGCAAAGGCACUUAUACAGUAAAAUUAUUGAAAGAAGAUAUACUUAAAGAUAAAAAUUGGUUUAUUAUCGAUGUAAGCUGUUAGACAUUAUACACUCGAUAGGAGAAGGUCGAAGAUUCUCGUGCAUAUUUAAUUACGGAAAGACCUAAUAGCCUUGAGAAAAAUAAAGUAGCCUCAUUCUUCGUAUUAUAGUCAGAUU